AUGGCCUCGGCCGGGGCGGGCAUGAGCGAGCGCGAGCAGAACGGCUGCCGGGAGCUGCUGGAGCUGAUGAGUACCGACGACCUGAUGGCCUUGACGGACACGGUGACCAGUCGCCUGGUGGAGGCCGAGAGCCGCCGAGAAGCCAUAGUUGCCAUCUUACUGUACAGUCAAAGCGUGGAAGAACUGCUGAAGAGAAAGAAGGUCUUGAGAGAUAUAAUCUUUAAGUAUCUGGCAUCAAAAGGCGUUGUAGUGUCUCCUUCUUCUGAGAAGCAUGAACUUAUACGUCAUGCAAAACACUUCUGGUGUGAACAGUUGCAGACUCGUGACUCAGAGAUAAACUACGGAAAGCCUAAUAUAAAGAUACCUGAAGAGGAAGGGAAACAAGGAGGAGGAAAACAAGGAGGAGACCAAGAAGACAAGGAGUGUCACAGCCUGGGAUUAGAAUUUUGUCAGUGGUUCUUUGCUGUUCUGAAUUCUCAAAAUCCAUUGUCUGGAAAGUCACCUGAAGAAUGGGGGCCACAGCACUUCUGGGAUGAUGUAGUACUAAAGUUUUGGUACAACACCUCGGAACAAAAUGUAGAGCAGUAUGCAGGUGCAGAAAUGGUGAGCCUUCGUUUACUGUCAUUGGUGAAAGAAGAGUAUCUCUACCUGAAGCCCAAUUUGAAUCCUGGUGGCCUGAAGUGUGUAGCUUCACGGCAUGGGUUAGUUGCGGUGGCAGUAGCUGGCACAGUUCACAGAAGCACGUAUUGCUUGGGCAUCUUUGAACAAAUCUUUGGCCUCAUCCGCUGUCCAUUUAGGGAGAACACAUGGAAAAUUAAGUCUGUGCAUCUAAAAAUUGUUGGGAAGACUGCCUUGGAACCUGGGACCUGUGUGGAUACACCAUGCAUAAAAUAUGAGCAAGAAGAACUCCAGAAGCUUGCCUUGGUCGAACCUCAAAGAUUCUGA